AUGGAUGCUAUGAGCUGUGCCUUACGCAAAGCCACUCGGUCGCAGUUCUUGGACAAAAUUGAACGAGCCCUAAUGUCGAGCAGAUUCACACGGCCACCAUUUAACUCCUACAAUGGGAAAACUGACCCGGUAGAGCACGUCAGUCAUUAUAUCCAUAUGAUGUCUCUACACACACGCAACGACGCAUUGAUGUGUAAGGUAUUUCCCUCAAGCCUCAGGGCCACGGCGUUGAGAUGGUUUAAUGGGUUGCGAAAAGGUACCGUUCACAGCUCUGCCGAGCUGAUUCAGGAAUUCGGUGCCCGGUUUAUAAUGUGCAGUUGGGUGACACAGUUGGUGGACGUGCUACUAUCAAUGAAGAUGAGGGUCGGUGAAACCCUUCGCAGUUAUGCCAGUCAGUAUUGGGAGCUUUACAAUGAGAUUGGAGGGGGUAACAAGAAGAUUGCAGCAAACACUUUUAAGAUGGGGCUGCUUGAGGAUUCCUGA